AUGGAAGAGGAAAUCACAAAUUUGCCAAAGUCUACAACAACUGAACAAUUGUGAGUUUAUGGCUUUUUUUUCAUAUUUUUUGGGCAAAUAUGUAUUGAUUUUUUGUUUGGAUUGAAAAUUGGGAAAAAUUUUUCAAAAUGCUGAAUUCAGUAUAAAAAUUUUGUUAUCAGGUGGAAUUAUUUCUCUUUCUUCUACAAUUUUCUGAUUAUUUUAUGAUUUUCGAACUUUUAUUUUCUUUUUUCUUUUUUUUUUGUUGAAAUGGUGAAUUGCCACGUGGCGUAAAUGCGUAGUUUUGUUUAGAAAUAACAAAAAAAAAUACUUUUUGAAAAAAUUCUGAAAGGCUCCGAAAUUUUUUUUAAUUUUUCUCCGAUUUUUUUUUGAAAUUUCAAGAAUUGAUCCUAUAAGACUUCAAAACGAAAUAUCGAAAAAUAAAAAAAUUUCAACAUAAAUAUAUCUUAAAAUUUUUGAACUUGAACUUUCAAAAAUUUUUGGCAGCUUUUCAAAUUCAAAUCAGAAAAGUUGGUCUGCUGCAAAAUUUUUUUUUAUUUUUCAAUUUUUUUCCGAUUUUUUUGAAAUUUCAAGAAUUGAUCCUAUAAUUUUAUAAAACUAAAAAUAAAAUUUCAAAAUUCCCAGGCCUACUUCAAAUUUUUUUCAACCGCCCAUUUUGAAGUGCCGCGUGGCGUAAAUGCGUAGUGUUGUUUAGAAUUUUUUAAUAACAAAAAAUUUCGGAAACUUUUUGAAAAAAUUUAGAAAGUUUGCAAAUUUUUCAAUUUUUUCCGAUUUUUUUGAAAUUUCAAGAAUUGGUCCUAUAAUUUUAUAAAAAUAAAAAUAGGAAUGCCACGAGGCGUAAAUGCGUAGUGUUGUUUAGAAUUUUUUUUUGAAAAAUUGAGGGAGACUUGAAAAAAAGUUUCUACAAAAUUUUAAUAUUUCAAUAAAUAUAUUUUCAAAUUUUUCAAUUUUCAAAAAUUUUUUGGCAGCUUUCCAAUUUUGAAUCAGAAAAGUUGCUCUGUUGCACAAUUUUUUAAAAAUUUUCUAUUUUUUCUUGAGAGCUUAAAGCUCGGGAUUUUGGCUCACUAAAACUUUUCCUAAAAAAAAAAUUAAAAUCAAACUUCAAAACCCCCAAAAUGGUUAGGUCAAGGCGUGGCUACGUACUCACUCAUCCACCCUCGUUCAACAUUCCUCAAAUCAACGGGACUCGCUUUUUCACUGGUCACAAUUCACGCUUCCUUUGGCACUUUUCUUUGAAACCGGUAGUAUUCUUCAAUUUUAAGUGAAAUUGUACUUAGAAGUGAAAUUUGCACGAUAUAAGGCAACUUUUAUAAACCGGUAACUGAAUGUUUGAGGAGUUACUAGAAAGCUUCCGAGUUGUUGUACCGGCCGUCCGGACCAACCAGUUUUUGGGGAAGUUUUCGAGGUUUUUGAGGGGUGGGGUGAAUUAGCGGUGGACGGUUUACGGGUUAGGCGAUGCGAUAUGAAUUGUAGGGAGAUCAAAAAUAAUUUUUGAAGUCUAAAAAGGGAUUUUUCUUUACAAUUUUGUUAAAUUUUGUCUGAAAAUUCCAGUUUUUGGUUAAAAAACUGGAAUUUUCAGACAAAAAUUGAAUGAACAUUUUUCAAGUUUGAAAAACCUCUAAAAUUUUCCUGAAGAUAAUUUUUUUUAAUAUUUAGGUCUCAAGUUUCCACGUGGCUUUUAGACUUACAGUAUUCCUUUUUUCCAGAUUAACCGAAAAUUCGCCAAAUGCCGAAAACGUGUCAAAUAUCAUAGUGGAAAAUUGGAUAUUCGCUCCAAUCGCAAUCACAAUUCAAAAAAUGAACUCGCACAGAAAUCGCGAUGUUCUUCAUGUCGAACAAAGGGAGUCUAGAUCUUCGUUUAUGUUACAGGUUGGCUUGAAUCGGGCCCACGACCAUACAAGGCGCCCGUUGAGUCAGACGCGAGACGACGAGAGUAUUUUGCAAAAAUAUCCCGAAAAUUAAUUUCGCUUCGAGAUAUUUUCAAUAAAACAUGUGUUCCUUCUCGGGACUGCGGUCGCUGUCUGGUCGCACUUAUGCGACGAGGUUUUUCCGUGGCGCAUAAAUGCGACGCGUUGUCGCACUUAUGCGACCAUGUCGCAACUUAUGCGACCAAUUUUUUCCGUCGCACAGAUGUUUUUUUUUCGCGACAUUUGUCGCACUCUCAUCUCAGAUUUGCGACACUCGGUCGCAUUUUGAAAACAGCGUUGCGGCAGCAGUCGCAACUUUUCAAACUGAGUUGCGACGGGCUGGUCGCAUAUAUGCGACAAUGUGUCGCAUAUAUGCGACAACGGUCGCAUAUUCAGCGACCCCAGUCCCGAGUUGAAACAAAAUACGGUAUUUUUUCAAAGGGACACACAUUUUCUCAAAAAUAUCUCGAAGCGAUGUCUUUCUCUGUCUUAGAUGACGUCAUCAGACUCCCGUCGUCUCUCGUCUGAUCCGAGGGGCGAUUUUCUAAAUGGUCGUGGGCCGGGUCCAGCUCUGUUCAAAAAAUCAGGUCCGAUUCCAAAUGUUGCGCAAAUUUUCAGGCUCUGAUACCAUUUUUGUUCGCUGGCCUCGGCCUGAUUUUUGCCGGAAUUUUGCUAGAAUCUGCCGAGGGUUCGAACUUCUUCACAGAACUUCCUGAUGCAGUCAUAAUGAUUCCGACGUUAGUUGGAUUGAAGGGCAAUCUUGAAAUGACACUGUCUUCAAGACUUUCGACUUUGGUAAGCAAUAUUUCUCACCUAAUUAAAAAAUCUCUAAUUAAUUUCCAGGCAAAUCUAGGUUUCAUGGAAUCCCACAAAGAUAAAAUCAAUGUAGCCCUCUCAAAUCUGGCACUAAUUCAAUGUCAAGCAAUCGCCGUCUCAAGUCUCGCUGUUUUUCCAGUUCUAAUAUUCGGCGAGCAACCAUUCUCCUUCGGCGAUACUUUAUGUCUUCUUCUCAGCGCCGUCGCAACCGCCUCUUUCGCCUCAUUCCUAUUAUCCCUUCUAAUGGUCGCCGUCGUAAUAAUCUCUCGCAAACACAAUCUAAAUCCCGAUAAUAUUUGCACUCCAGUAGCCGCAUCCCUCGGAGAUGUCUCAACUUUAUAUAUCCUAUUAACUGUGGGCACCGUAGUUAGUCAAGUUCGUCAUAUUCACAUCACAUUUCUAUUCAUUAUCCUAAUCCUAUUUUAUUGUCUCGCAAUUUUCGGCGCAUUUUUAGCAUCAAAAGAUCGAUUCACUUUGGAAGUUUUGAAGAAUGGAUGGUGGCCGAUUUUAUGCGCAAUGGUUAUUACAACUGGAAGUGGAUUUGUUCUCAAAUCAUCGAUUCAUUCAUAUCCACCAAUCGCUGCCUUCCAACCUCUGAUUAAUGGUUUGGGCGGGAAUUUGGUGGCUGUUCAAGCAAGUCGAAUCAGUACACAAUUGCAUAAAGCAAGGAAGAAUCGAGAAAUCGAAGUGGAUUCGAUUUGGAGACAUUUUAGUCCACUUCGAAGUUUCUUUUCGAAAUGUAAGUUUUGCACGUAUUUUGUUGCUGAACAAAAAAUCUCGGUUCGCUGUUUAAAGGGACAUUCUUUAAUUUUCCACAAAAAUCUCAAGAACGGCUGCACCAAAUGAAAAUCUGAGUACACCAUCUUUAUCGCCGUGAAAAACUGCAUGGAAAUAAGCUUUGGUGGAGCGGACGGGUGCAGUUUUAGCGUUUCGGGGUUCGUGGCGAGACCAAUUUCGAAAAAUAGCGCGCAAAAUGGAGAGACGCGAGACAUUUUUGUGCAUUUGUGCGUCACCGUGUUUGCACAAGUCAAUACAGUAUACCAACCGCGAACCGAGGGCCAAAAAAAUACGUGCGAAAAAAUUGGAAAAAUUUUCAAAAAUUUCAGCUGAAGACUCAAUCGCUGCGCGAAUUCUCCUUGCAAUCUCAAUUCCUUCAAAUAUCAUUUUUAUUCAUGUCAUAUUUUUUAUUGGUGUCGGAUUCGGGAACACAUUUUGGUUCACUUUAUCAUUUCUAGUCGUUUGUGUCAUUCAGGUAAAAUGAGCAAUUCAGAAAUUUAGCUCCCAAUUUUCUUUCAGGUCACAAUCCUACUCUACGUCUGUCAAUUUCUAGUCCGUGCCAUGUGGCUAAUGAGAAUUGAUCCCGACAAUUCAGCAAUCCCAUUUCUAACCGCAUUGGGUGAUUUGAUCGGCUCUCUAUUGCUCAUUUUAUGCUUCUGGAGUCAAUGGAGAUAUUUCAAUUUGCCAGUCUCAUCUGAUCAAUAUACUGGACACAAAUUCGGUCAUUUUUAG